AUGAGCACGCAUCCUGCUGUGGUGACUGUUGGUCCAGGUCUCCCGUUGGAAGUACAUCAAGUUCCUACUGUUGCACCAACUGCCAACGAAAUUCGGGUUCGGUGUGAAUGGACCGCUUCGACUCCCCUCGACUUGCACCAAGCCGACGGAGGUCUUCUGGUCAAGCAUCCACACAUAUUAGGCGAUGGCAUUGCUGGCACCGUUGUUGAGACUGGACCGGACGUAAGCAAAUUUAAGGUUGGGGACAAAGUAUUUGGCUUCACCUGGCGUACUCCAGCGGAGAAAGCACACCAGGAAUACGCCGUUGCGCCGGAAUUCUUGUUCGGCAAGAUUCCUCCCAACGUCACGAUGCAACAGGCGGUGACGGUCCCCAACAACUUUGUGACUGCAUGGCACACUUUCACAAAAGAUUUCGGCUUCGAGUUGCCCUGGCCGAAGUCGGAGGGAUAUAUACCAAAGGAGAAGAAUUCGUGGAUAUUGAUUUGGGGCGGAAGUUCCAGUGUGGGACAGUACGCGUUGCAAGUCCUGAAGUGGUAUGGAUACACCAAUAUCAUCACCACGGCUAGCAAGCAACAUCAUGAGAAAUUACGUGAUUACGGCGCGGCUAAGUGCUUCGACUACCGAGAUCCAGCAGUCGAACAGGAGAUUGUGGACUUUACGGAUGCCCAGGCCGGGUCCCGAGGGAUCGAUUUCGUCCUCGACUGUAUCGGCAGCCUCAACGGCAGCGUGGUGCCUAUAUCGCGGAUAGUCAGGCCCAAAUUUAGGACAAAAGUGGCGAUUCUCCUCCCAAUCAUCGUCAAAGACGCCGCUGAGGGAGUGCGACCUACUUACGAAAUGGACGUCAACAAGGCGGCCCAGUGGCCGGAGGGCGUCGACGCAGUAGGCGUCCGAACGCACUUUUACUUGGAUAACGAAUUCCUCGCGGAACAUUUGCAAAGCGAGAUCAUGCCCGAAUGUCUUGCCAGGGGUAUUAUUGAGGCGAACGAGCAAGUGAUUGUUGAAGGGGAAACAAUGCUGCAGAGAGCUGAGAAAGCGUUGAGAAUGCUCCGGGAGAAGAAGGUGAGUGGCGCGAGAUUGGUAUGGCGAGUCGCGGAUGGUGCGUGA